AUGACGGCGCUGCAGGAACCCGUCCAGGCUGCUAUAUGGCAAGCACUAAACCUCUAUGACUACCGAGAUGGGGUUUUCGUCGCAGAACGCCUUUAUGCAGAAGUACACUCAGAAGAAGCCUUGCUUGUACUGGCGACCUGUUCUUACUGCCCAGGAAAGGCCUAUAAAGCAUAUAGACUCUUGAAAGGACACAAUUGUACUACACCGCAAUGCAAAUACCUGUUUGCAAAAUGUUGUGUUGAUCUCAGCAAGCUUGCAGUAGAGGAACAAAUCUUAUGGGGUGGAAUGUUUCAUAAGCAGAAAAGCCAUGAUUAUGUUGUUACUGAGUUUGGUGAUACAGCUUGCUUUCCCCUUCCAUUACUGGGACAUGUAUAUUGCAAGACAGAUCGGCUUGCCAAAGGAUCAGAAUGCUACCAAAAGAACCUUAGUUUAAAUCUUUUCUUCUGGUAUCCCUUUGAAUCAUUACAUGAAAUAGGUGAAAAGCCAGAUCCUGACCAAACAUUUUUAUUCACAUAUUUACAGAACUUUAGCAACUGUCUGCCCAACUCUUGCACAACACAAGUACCUAAUCAUAGUUUAUGUCACAGACAGCCUGAGACUAUUCUUACAGAAACACCCCAAGACACAACUGAAUUAAACAGAUUGAAUUUAGAAUCUUCCAUAAAGUAUUCCUUGAAUACAGAUUACCCAGUGUCUUCUAUUGAUUCAGCUGUAAUUUCACUUGAUACUGUCCCACUGGGAACAGGAACUUCCAUAUUUUCUAAACAGGUUCAAAAUAAACCAAAAACUCUUCGAAUUUUAUUAGGAGGACCAGCAGCUCUUAGUCCAUUAACCCAAAGUUUUGGAAUUUUGCCAUUAGAAACCCCAAGUCCUGGAGAUGGAUCCUAUUUACAAAACUAUACUAAUACACCUUCUGAAAUUGAUGUGCCAUCCAACGGAGCCCCUUCAAAAAAGGUGGGGUGGGGGCGUCUGUGGACAGAGGAGCGGAUAAAGUGGUGGUGUCCCACGGGUGCCUGGGUCGUGGGAAGUGAGUGGGGUGGCCAGAGCCUAGGGAACUCAUCGCCUGUCAGGACGUUUUCCCUCCUGGUACCCUCUCUGACCUACACUCCACAUCUUCGCAGUUCAGUGGGGACCCUGUGGGUGGAAGUCACUAUCCCUUUGGACUUUAGCCAAGGAAGCUUGGGCUCCCAAGGGUCUCCCCGGAGUCGGGACCUUGGGCAGGCUCAAAAGGAUGCUGACGGUGAUGGUGACAGUCAUAUAAGUUGGAGGCCUUGGGCCAAUGCAGAAGUAUCCAUUUGA